CACCUCUCGAGUGGUGUAAAGGGAUUUUCUUGUGGUUUCUCUCUUCAAGACCUUUUUUCCGCGAACCGAUAACACUGUUCCAGAUGACCGCGGUGGUGGAGAGCUCGCAUCCCAACCUGGUCGGGGCCUCGCUGCAGCUGAAGAACGCCCCGCUCUGGAAGCAGUUCAACGAGCACACGACCGAAAUGAUCAUCACCAAGUCUGGAAGGAGGAUGUUCCCUUCGCUGAGGAUAUCAAUCUCCGGACUGGAACCGGACACCCGUUACUUCCUCAUUCUGGAGACGAGGCUGUCAGAAGGAAAGCGGUACAAGUUCAGCGCAGGGACAUGGUCCGGGAUAGGUCCUGCAGAUCCUCAGCCUCAUCCGUCCACCAGGAUCUACAUCCACCCCGACUCUCCUUCCCCAGGAUCCGCAUGGAUGGCCCAGGAUAUCCUCUUCCAGAAAGCCAAACUCACCAACAAUACGCUAGAUAGGUCUGGAAAUCUUGUAUUAACUUCAAUGCACAAGUACCAACCCUAUAUACACAUUGUGAAAGCUUCAGACAUCCUAGCUCUGGAUUGGAGUCCAAGUGCCACCUUCACCUUUCCAGAAACAGAGUUUGUCGCUGUGACAGCUUAUCAGAAUGAGAAAAUCACAGAACUAAAAAUCAACUACAACCCAUUCGCAAAAGCUUUCAGAGAAAAUGGGCAAGCUAGGACGAAAAGAAAAAUACAAGCCAAGCAAAGAGAAGAAAUGAGGCAGGAUGAUGAAAAUCAAUCAGAUGACGCUAGCAGUUCAGGUGAUAAAUCUGACGAAAAUUUAUCGCCAAUAAAAGAUUUAUGUAAAGACAGGACAAGGAUAGCAAAUUCAAAUGCUCCAGAGUGCGAAACACCUAAAACUACAGGAGCCAAAAGAGUUUGCAUCAAAGGAGAAGAUGAUAGUGGUAUCUCGGUCGGCUCCGUUACACCUCCUGUUGAAGAAUCUGUUAUCUUACCUCCGCCUCCGCCCUAUUACCCUCCGGCAUUCUGGCCCUUCCCACCGUAUUUCCCUUAUCCUGCCUUUUAUUAUCCUCCACCUUUCUACCCUCCCCCUCCACCACUUCUAGAUUUGAGGCCUACAGACUACUCUAUCAAACAUUGAUGUGUCUAACUAGUAUUCAUAGCGUGAAAAUGUUACCAAAGAUUGUUUUUAAGUUUCUUAUUUUUGUAUAAAAAUCACAUUAUGUAAAUUUUUUAUUCUGUAAUUAGCGAAGUUUAAUUUAUAUAUAUUUGUACAGUGUAAAUUUUUCUUUUCUUAUGAAUAAAAGAGAUAUUUUGUUUCACUUCAA